GCUGACUCGAUGGCCGUGGAGAUUUGGAAUGUGGACUAUGCGGAGGCCGCCAUCACGCGCGCCCGUGCCACGGCGGGACGGCGCAAGCUGCGGCACGUGGUGGCGGAUCUACGUGCGUUGCCGGAAGAGACCUUCCGAGAAAAGAGCUUCGAUGUAGUCGUGGAUAAAGGGACCAUGGAUGCCUUGUUCUGUGCAGGUCCCAGCUCGGUGCAGCGCUUCACGGCGGAACUGCGCCGUGUGCUGCGGCCCGGUGGCAUGGUGCUGCUGAUGUCGGGCGUGGCCACUGGUGAGGAGAUCCUGGAGAUCUUCCGGAACUGGACCACGGUGCUGGAUGGCUCGCCAUAUAUUACCGAGGAGGGUGAGGCAAGCAUCAAUCUUCGUUCACGGCUCUUUGUUUUCCUUCGACCACGAGAUGACGACGAUACAGGGCGACAGAGGCACCCAGCAUCGGAGCCAUAGGGUGGCCGAGGAGUUGUGAGAGGUCACAGUGACCAGCGCCUGAGAAAAAGUCGCCCAUGAAGCGAAAGUG